AUCAAGACGAGCACAAAGAAUAUGAGGUUAAAUCUGUCAUCUCCUCAACCGAUGAUACGCCAUUUUAAUUGCCCUUCCUUAUCGUUCAAACAUGCGAUAUCGACCUUCGAAUGCUUGUCCCUGAAAGAAUCCUUCAUUAUGCAAUCCGUUACUCUUGUAUAAAAAGGUUUUUUUUAAUUCCCGCCGUUUUGAAGGCGAGAAGCUUGCGGUAAACCGGGAAGCUCGCCCUGUUUGAAUGGCAGUUAUGGGUAACAAACCGCCAAAGGCGCAUAACGCUCCUCCUCCUCCUUCAAAUAACAACCAAGUAUAUCAAUUUGUUGAUUGGAAUCCUACUUCGCAAUUCCAACAGCGGGGGAAAUCAGCUCAGUCAGCCAAUCGGCAGCAGCAGCAACAGCAACGAUCAUUACCGCCGCCACAUUACCCACCUCCAGGAACGCAAUUCAUCAACUUGUUCCCUCGAACGUCACCACAAAUGCCUCUGCCACCACAAAUGCCUACACCGACAGCAACUCCAACCCCAAUAUCAAUUCCAACACCAACGCGUGAUCACGUUCAACCUACACUAUUUACACCUGUUCCGGCACCUGUUCCGGCACCUGUUCCGACAACAACACCAGCGCCAACACCAGCGCCAGUAAGACAACAGACUGUGACAUCCGCGUCACCAGCAGCAGUAGCAACAACACAAGAUCAAAAUCUCAUCGUGAUUAGCAGUGAUGAAGAGGACAAUGACGACGUGAAAUUUGUAAUGGAAGGUUCACCUGUAGCUGGGAAACGGAAGAAGGGAAAAACGGUUGACGAUCCGAUCAGUCUUGACGAUGAAGAGGACGACAUAAUCGUAAAUGACGCGCAAGCACAAGAAAGACAGCGGCAGCAACAGCAGCACCAAAAACAGGAACCCGUUGCGAAGGAAGAAGGAACAAUCAAUAAAGCAUCGCGACAACAGUCGCAGUCAAUGAUACAACACCUACCUCUACAACCAGGACAACCACGUCCUCAGAUACAGCAGCAACAGCAACGUGCAUCUAGCGCGUCAUCGUCAAGUAAUCAAAUACUCGCCCAGCAAAUCCUUGCGCAAUCAAUUUUGAAACCAAGAAUGACUAUACACCAACUGCCAAAAAAUCAAGCAACACUUCAAAUUUCCAAACAAGGGGAGAUCACUGUACAAAAUCUAAACAAACCGCAUAUAACUAGAAAAAGACAGCAUUCCAGCGAGCAAUCUACAUCUUCUAUUGAUGUAAUACAAAGCGCACCAACGGCAACAAUACCAAGAUCGGAAGUUUUAGCAACUGGGUUGCAAUCGCAAGUCAUACCAUCAUCACCAUUGCCACAACCGUCAAAAGAACCUAUGGAUCAAGAUCCUGCAGAGGAUGAUGAUGACGACGAUAAUAGCUCAAUCUCGUCUUCGGAACUUCUGUUUGGGGCCAAACCUGUGACAACAGAAACGGAUUUUGGAAUAUUGGAUGCCAUGGUUGCGCCUGAUGAGGAAGAUGACGCACCGCCAGACUGGAGCCAGCUGAUCCAUGAUGUAGAUAUUAAGGAUGAGGACCUGACAAUGAACUCUGGUGCAUAUGGUGAUAGUAUGGAUCAAAUGCACCAGGACAAGGCCAAAGAGCCAUCAAUGCAGACAAAUUUACCCAAUAACGUGAACCUUGAUGUUCUUUUAUCGAUGAUCGAGGCCUACGAUGUGUCUGUGAUGGGUCCCCUUGAGGCUUCGGCGCUCGACACUACAGUAAAAGAAAACAGCGGUAUUAACGAACACCAGCAGCAGCACCCUCCAGCUAAAUUAACACGAACACGCACGCGUUAUGCUGGAAAACGUCGUUCACAGACUCCAUCACUUGUUGCAGAACAACAGACUCUAAAACCAUAUGUACCUUGUUCGGUCUGGGACCAUGCAACAUGGGAAGAUUGGGCUCAGAUGGAGAUCGGCGACUGGUUACAUUGGCCUUUUGAAGAAUGGGAAAUCGAGUUUAUCGAAAGCAUGAUGGAACAUUAUACUGCAAAAGCAAAGAAAAGACAGGCAGAUGGUCUUGAUAUUGACGGAAGAAACGUAUGGGAGUCUAUUGCACUCAAGUUGACGCGUCGGAGAGCAGUGGAUUGUGCGCGUUUUUGGGAUGAUCGGGAAAAGGGCCAUCAACAAAUGUACAAAACACCAGUGAUCAUAUCUUGCAAACCUAGAAAUACAAAACGACCAUCAGUAUAUAAGUUAGUAAAGGGCUCGCGAUAUCACGGUAGAUCACGGACCAACAUGUCAAAAGUGGCGCUUUGGCCGGAACUGAAAUACGAACAUACAUUUGGAGAAGGCAGCGCAGACACCCUUGCUGUGCACAUCCUAAACAGAAAGGGCAAAUCGAUCAAAAUCAUUGCUGCAUCUGCAUGCAAUGACCAACCCGAAUAUAACAUGCCUGGUAACCUCCGCAUCUGGUCUGCGUCUAAAAGACGCGUCUCACAGCUGAAAGGCCACAAAACACUGCACAAUGGCCAAGACGUUUGGCACACUGUCACUGAUGUACGAGCAUCCACCGACCAGCGACUAUUUUUUACGUCAUCUCAUGACACAACUGCCAAAGUUUGGUGUGGAUACACUGGGCGCAUGCUUUCCACUUUAUGUUACCAUGAAAAAAAGGUACAUCAGCUAGCAGUAAGCCCUGACAAGCAAAAGUAUAUCAUUGCUACUGGUUCAGGAGAUGGCGCAGCAGUCAUUUGGACUCUGAACGGCUUGGGAAAUGUUGGUGAUGGUACCGUAUGCAUUCCGGAUAAAAGACUGACCAAGAAUCCCAGCAUUGAUACCCUGGUGUUCGGUCGUGGACCAUCCGAAAACAUGCUUUACACGGGAGUAUCUUCUGGUUUGACCUCACCUAUGGGAUUUAUCCAAGGUUUCGACACAAGACGCGGUCAAACAGCAAUAUAUUACAAAAAUAUGAAUGGCGCCGUUUGUGACAUUGAUAUAUCAGAAACGGGAAGAUUCGUUGUUUCUGGAAACCACAGUCCUUUCGAAGAAUAUGAAGGUGAUGGCUAUGUUCACCUGAACGAUACCCGAACCCCUGAAUCUGUCAUCAAAGCACGAACAGGUCAUCCGGAUGUGAAUCUCGUUCGCAUGAGGUAAUUGCCGUAUGGGACAAUUAACUGCUUAGAGUGAGGUUGACCUAAGAGUUAUGUAUUUGUGCACAUUUAGUCCGUGCGAACGAUUUGUUGCUUCUGGUAACCCAAAUAAUGAAACUGCUGUGUUGGACAUUCGACGACCUGAUAAAGUCUUGUUCAGAUUAAAACAUCAACAAACACUUGCUGAUCACAUGGUGCCUAUCAACUCGGA